GAAGUAUCCUUGGGCAAGAUCUACUUCUCCGAGACCUUCGACGACACCUGGACUGAAAGAUGGACGCUGAGCAAGUGGAAGGACAGCGACAAGGAGAAAAUGGGCAAGUGGGUACUGUCGCGGGGAAGGUUCUUCCGGGACGCCUCUGAGGACCAAGGACUGCAGACAGCAGAGAUCAUGAAGUUCUAUGGUGUGGCUGCUGCAUUCGAACCCUUCAGCAAUGAAGGCAAGGACCUCAUCAUCCAGUACCAGGCAAAGUACGAGAAGGACCUUGGCUGUGGAGGAGGCUACCUGAAGGUUGGGCCCAGACAGGAGGACCUGACGUCCUUCGGGGAACCUACUCCCUACCACAUCAUGUUUGGCCCAGACCAGUGCAAUGCCGAGAAGCGGACCCAUCUCAUCUUUAGUUACAAGGGAAAGAAUUAUCUAAAGAAGACCGAGCUGCCUUACAAGCAGGAAGGUGAAGGUGUCUCGCACCUGUACCGACUUCAACUAAAACCUGGUAGCUCCGUCCGAGUUGAGGUCGAUGGAGAGAAGAUCUACGAUGGAUCUUUGAAGGAGGAUUGGGACAUGCUGCCUGCAAGACAUAUCCCGGAUCCCAGCGACAAGAAGCCCGAAGAUUGGGUUGAACAGGAGAAGAUCCCGGAUCCCUCCGAUACGAAGCCCGCCGACUGGGCAGAGAAGGCGAAGAUCGUCGAUUCCCAAGCUACAAAGCCUGAGGAGUGGGAUGAUGAUGAAGAUGGAGAUUGGGAGCCGCCGAUGAUCGAUAAUCCAGCGUUCAAAGGGGCAUGGAAGCCGCGGAUGAUAGCCAACCCAGCAUAUCGAGGGGCCUGGGAAGCCAAGAUGAUCCCGAACCCUGAGUUCGUAGACAACCCUGACCUGUACAAGUACGACAACAUUGGCUAUGUAGGCUUUGACGUUUGGCAAGUGAAGGGCGGCACCAUCUUCGACAACAUCAUCAUCACUGACAGCCUUGCAGAGGCGGAUGACUUCGCAAAGAAGUGGACAGCACUUCGUGAGGCAGAGACAGCGGAAAGGGAAAAGGCGGAAGCAUCCCAGAAAGAAGCCUUCGAGAAAGCAAAGGCGGCGCGGGCAGCCCGAGCCAAAAAGGCUGAGGAGGAGUCAGGCGCCAAAGCUUCAAAGACUGCCAAGAGCGACGCCAGCGCAGAUGAACUCUGA